GAUGUCAUCUACUGCAUCUCGUCCAUCCAUGGACCAGCCAGAGACAUAUAAUGCCCUUGCCCUUAAGAGAAAUUCUGAUGAUGUGGGGUGGGAGUAUGGAGUUUUGAUUGAUCCAAAUUAUCUGAAUGUAAUCAAGUGCAAGCUGUGCUCAAAGGUUGUGAAGGCAGGAAUCUAUAGGCUCAAAUUGCAUAUUGCCGGCAAGAAAGGAGAAGUUCGUGCAUGCCCCAAUGCCACCGAAGAGGACAAAGCAAAGUGCAGUAAAGCUAUUGAUGAGUCUAGGAGAGCUAAAAGGGCUAGAAGGGAGAAAGAACAAGAGGUUAGAGAUGCUGUUAUGAUUGAUGCUGAGUCAGAUGUAGAACCGGAAGAAAAUACUGGGCUUGAUGAGAUUACAGGCUCAGGAUCACGUGUGAUGGGUCCUAUGGACAACUUCACAAAGCCUAUGGACUCUAGUUCGUUGGCCAAGGGGAAGAAGCUCCAUCAGCAAAAAAUCAGUGAGCAUGUCAUGAAAGAAAGACUUCAUAGGUUCAAGAGAUAUGUGGCAAGAUGGUUGUACGUUCGCAGUAAGUUUUUUGAUCAAAUGAUUGAAGCUGCUGGUCGCUUUGGGUCGAGUGCAAAGAAACCUUAUCAGCAUGAGUUGAGAGAGAAGCUGCUGCAAGAGGAAGUUCAAGAUACAAAGGAGAUGUUGAAGGCACAUGAGAAAGAAUGGCACAAGAAUGGCUGCUCCAUUAUGACAGAUGCCUGGACAGAUCAGAAACGAAGAAGCAUUAUGAAUAUGUGUGUCAAUUGUAGCAUUGGUACUAGCUUUCUUGAGUCAAAAGAAGUUUCAACCGAGUCCCACACUGGAGAACUCAUUUUUCAGUAUGUGAAUAGCUGCAUUGACAAAGUUGGGGCUGAAAAUAUAGUUCAAGUAGUCACAGAUAAUGCUUCAAACAACAUGGCAGCAAAGGAUUUGAUGUCUGUAGAGAGGCCUAAAAUAUUUUGGACUUCAUGUGCAACUCACACAAUCAAUUUGAUGCUUGAAGGAAUGGGAAAGAUUAAGAAGUUUAAGACCACAAUUGCUCAAGCAAAUUCAUUGACAAUCUUCAUUUAUGCACACCAUAGGACCUUGGCAUUGAUGAGGAAGUUUACAAAGAAAAGAGAGAUUGUUCGGCCAGGCGUGACUAGAUUUGCAUCCAACUUUCUCAGCUUGCAGAGUUUGUAUGAGAAGAAGGAGCAGCUAAGGACGAUGUCUCAAAUUGAAGAGUGGGAGAAGAUAAGCCAUGUCAAGAGUGCAAAAGGAGUGCAAGCCACAGCCACCUUGGUGAGGCCAAAUUUUUGGAGUUCUGUUUCACUUUGCUUGAGGGUAUUUGAGCCAUUGGUGAAAGUACUUCGGAUGGUUGAUGGGGAUGUGAAGCCAUCAAUGGCAUUUCUUUAUGGAGAAAUCCUUAAGGCCAAGGAAGACAUCAAAGUGGCUAUUGGAAACAUUCCUGGGGCAGCAGGGUUGUAUAGUUCUAUCUUGGAAAUCAUUGAUGUGAAGAUGAAAAAUAGGCUGGACUGUCCUCUUCACAAGGCUGCUUACUUCUUGAACCCCUAUUACAGCUACAAUGAUGACUCCAUCCUUGAAUCUGAAGAAGUCAUGGAUGGUUUCUUAUUAGUUGUUGAAACAUUCUACCAUGGUGAUUAUGAUAAGCAAGCACAAGUACUGAAUGAGGAAGUGCACAAGUUCAAAGACCGUGCUGGUCAUUUUGGAAAACAAGUGGUUGCUGCUGGCUGUAAGGAAUUUGACAUGAAUCCUGCCAAAUGGUGGGGAAACUAUGGAACACAAGUACCAGCAUUACAAAAGAUGGCUAUCAGAAUUCUAUCCUUGACUUCAAGUGUAUCAGGUUGUGAAAGAAAUUGGAGUUGCCAUGAAGGG